GAAAAGGUGCAGGUGACAGAGAGUAGUCAGAGAGAGAGAGAGGGUGUAGACAUUUAACAAGAGACAGAAACAGUCACAGCAGCUCAGAGAGACCAGAGGACGCUGAAGACAUGCCAUGGGGACGUGCUGCAGUCAUGGAUGAACAGUGCAACCGGGCGUUGGUCAUCUCUAUGGAAAAAUUUGAUUAUGGCGUAAAUCUGGGACCUAGACCGGGAGCUAGAAAAGACGCAAAGAAACUCCACAUGACAUUAAGUAAACGAGGCUUCAAGGUGGACAUCCACAUCGACCUGUGUGCUGAUGAGAUAUACCAGCUAUUUCAGAAAGAGAGCAAGCGUCCAGUGCAGGACUGUUUUCUGUGUGUCCUGUCCUCUCACGGUGAAGAAGGCUGCAUAUUUGGGGCUGAUGGGAAUGUGGUCUGGCUGUCCCAAAUCUUCUCGUGCUUUGACAACCAGGUCAUGCAGAACAAGGUCAAAUUUUUCCUCAUACAGGCCUGUCGAGGAUACAAAUUGGAUGAUGGUGUAGAAAUUGACUCGGUGGACGGAGAAGGGAGCAGCUUCUCUCAGCAGCUGGAUGUUCCUGUAGACACAGCUGUGAUGUAUGCAACUGCACCAGGAUAUGGAGCCUUCAUGCACCCACUGGGUUCCGUAUUCCUCCAGACAUUCUGCACGUUAUUGGAAAAAGAAGGAAACCGUGAGAUGGAGCUGACACGUCUCAUGACCCGUCUGGCCCACAGUGUGGCCUACAACUUCCAGGCUAGAGGCCCAGUUCUGGGUGGGAAGAAGGAGAUGCCAUGUCUCCUGACACGGAUGACCAGGGAAAUUUUCCCGUUUGCUGAGCCUGAAAAAGAAAAAGAUGGAAUGGACCUUUCGGCCACGUCUCUGGUAGACACUGAUGUCAAGAGAAGACGGACACCUUCAAUCAGUUAGUCAGUUCACAUGACUGUGUAGAGAUGGCGUGGUGUCUGCACUGAUUUUAUCAGGGAAACAUUGCACUUGUGACGGACUAUGGUCUAUUUAAAGUUGGUAUUUUAUCACAUCUCAGGCAUUUAAUCACAUUUAAAACAGGUUAAGGUUCCUAUAAUAGAAUUUGGUUUUUAAUGUUCAUGUUUUUAUGAAGGACAUUUUUUGGCACUGGUGCCCUAUGCUUUUUAAAAAUGUCCUGGAUAAUUUUAAAUCUCUGGCAAUUUAUUAAAAUUUUCUUCAUCUUUUUUUAAGUUUUGACUUUAUCUAUUGCCUAACUAUUUGCUUGGGUAUCAGACAUAAGAUAUUUAAUUGUGUAUUUAUACUAUUGUAUUGUUAUAUUAAGAUGACAGACUUUCCAUGUUUGUAUAUUUGCUGUUUUUAGUUGUUGUACAAUGUUGUACCUUUUAAAGAGCUUUAUUGAUAAAAUGGUAUGAUUUAAAUUAGUUGGUGACAAAAUGUUGUUAACUUUUGUUAAGUUCAUGAAGUUGGCAGUUUCAUUGUGCUUUUGUAAAAUUUGAUUUUUGUAAAUAUUAUAGCACUCUUUUUCGAAAAACAGUAAAUAUUGUAGUCAUUUCCAUGUUUUGUGCUUUAAUAGAUUGUCCUCCAACAA